CUUAAGUAUUCUAGUGUCUAGUAUAUGAUUUUAAAAUGGCGUAUCGAUCAAACGUUAGGUUAUAUUUGCCGUUAAAUAUUUUGUGAAACGACACUUCGCGAAACGGUAGAUCAAAAUAAAAUGAAAAUCGAUACAUGAAGAACAGAAAAUUUAUUAUUUUAAAUAUAAGCAUGCAUUUCUUAAUUCGUCAUUUGUAAUAUAUUUUCAGCUCGAUUCUUGUCAAGAUGAAAAAAGACUUGAGAAGAAAAUAAUAGGCGAAUAGCUUUAUUUUGAUAGAGCAGAGGAAAUUAUCGUAGCAGCUAAAUUCUCAAUCAAAAAUGUUCAAAAAUACUUUCCAAAGUGGAUUCUUAUCCAUCUUGUACAGCAUUGGUAGCAAACCGCUGCAAAUCUGGGAUAAAAAAGUGAGAAACGGACAUAUUAAGAGGAUCACUGACAAUGACAUCCAGAGCCUCGUUCUAGAAAUACUGGGUAGCAACGUUAGUACAACGUAUAUUACAUGUCCUGCAGAUCCAAGAAAAACUUUGGGUAUAAAGUUACCUUUCUUGGUGAUGAUCAUUAAAAAUCUGAAGAAAUAUUUCACGUUCGAAGUUCAGAUAAUUGAUGAUAAGAACGUACGUCGUAGAUUCCGCGCUAGCAACUAUCAAUCUACGACGAGGGUAAAACCAUUUAUCUGUACUAUGCCUAUGAGAUUGGAUGAUGGAUGGAAUCAAAUACAGUUCAACUUGGCUGAUUUUACACGCCGAGCUUAUGGAACAAAUUAUGUAGAGACAUUGAGGGUACAAAUUCAUGCUAAUUGUAGGAUACGACGAGUGUAUUUCUCAGAUCGAUUGUAUUCAGAGGAUGAAUUACCAGCAGAAUUCAAAUUAUUCUUACCUAUUCAAAAUAAGGCAAAAUGUUAGGAACUAGUGAAGAAAUAUGCGCUUUCAAUAAAAGGAAAGUAUUGUUCGCUUUUUCUCUUUAAAACUUAUUUAAAUUUAUUACAGAAUAAAACAUUUCAUAUAUUAA